CUCUCCUUCCCGGUUCGCCAUGGUCCGUCGGCGGCCUGCAACCGACUCGUCAAGUGCAGGUGCAGCCCUCCUGAGCGGCGACUCCGUCAGCGAUUCGCCAUCUCUAUCUCCAUCUCCCCAGCAGCAGCAGCUUCCCCCAGGGCAAGGCUCCCGCCGGCCACGUAUCCGCCUCCCCCCCUUCAUCCCCAGAUCCGUCUCGUCAUGGUCGCCGACAGUGGCCUUGCUGCUCAUGACAUCUCUCAUGGUCACUCUGGUGCUCAUCGGCCACAGGCGCCUGCCCAGGGCGCUCAAGGCGUCAAAAUCGGCGCCGUCACAGUUCUCUGGGGAGCGUGCCCGUGGGUUCUUGUCAAAGCUGGUGGGUCUGGGGGUGCGGACGGUUGGCAGCAGGGCCAACGAGGUGGAUGCGCCUCGGCUGCUGGUGGACGAGGUGCGGCGGAUUGAGAGCGACGCGCGGCUGCUGCACCGCGACGCGGGCGAGAAGUGGCGCGUGGAGGUGUCGGUGUGGUCCAACUACUCAGGCGCGUUCCACCUCGACUACUCAGGAGGCAUGCAGGCCGUCUACGCCAACCUGACCAACGUGGUGGUGCUGGUGGAGCCCUCGAUGGAGGGCAUGGGUGUGGGAGGGGAUGUGGAGCUGCCGGCCCUGCUGCUGUCGAGCCAUUUCGACUCGGCGGUCGGGUCGGAGGGCGCGGCCGACGCGGGGAGCGGGAUUGCCGUGCUGAUCGAGGUGCUUCGGAAUGUGCUGCACUCGCCGCCGCUGAGGAUACCCAUCAUUUUCCUUUUCAACGGUCAGCAGGGUGGGUGGAGGGAGGGAGGGAGGGAGGGAGGCAUCACGAGCCUCUGAGAUAUCUGAGUAUGCCCACCACCGUGUGUCUGUCACUGCACUGUGUGUGCAUAUAUAUGUCCACUAGGUGGUGAGGAGGUGGGUCUGAAGGCGGCGCAUGGGUUCAUCACCUCCCACCCAUGGGCGAAGCGGGUCGGGGGGUUCCUCAACCUGGAGGCAAUGGGCUCCACCGGCAAGGCCCUCCUCUUCAACUCGGGUACCAAAGAAACAAAGACAGAAAGAGUGUGCGGUCGUUCUGCCCAUUUCUUUCAUUCCCUCCAUCCAUCUGGAUACCUACCGCACUCACUCACUCAGGUCGUGGUGGCUAUGAGUGGGUGUCGGCUUACGCUCGUGCGUCAGAGGGCGCGACCUACCCCUACCCCUUCCACCCCCAUGCGUCUGUGGUCGCUGAGGACAUAUUCAAAAACGGUCUCGUCCCGGGAGAGACCGACGCACGGUCAGUGGGGGUGGUGGUGGUGGGGGGCUCACCAGAGAAGGGCACCAUCACGACGGUCGCCUACUUUUGUGGUUGUGUGUAUGCGCCUCCCUCCCUCGCUGGCCUGGCAGGAUUUAUCGCAUUGACGGCGGCCUGGUGGGGCUGGACUUUGCGUAUGUGGGCGGGGGGUACAGCUACCACACGCCCAGGGACACCAUCGAGAAGAUACGGCCGGCCGCCCUCCAACACUAUGGGGUCAGCUGAUGAGUGCCAUCCAGUCUGUCCAUGCCUGGUUUGUUUGUUUGUUAGGACACCAUAUUGUCCCUGAUUCACGAGAUCGCCUACUCGCCGACGCCCAUCCUGCGGCAACCGUCCCCCACGUCCCCCCAGCGCCGCACCGACGCCGUCUUCUUCACCGUGCCUCACCUGCUGGUGGUCGUGUACCCCAAAUAUGUCCAUCUCAUGCUCUUCGCCCUCGCCAUGACGCUGCUGCUGCUCAUGUCAUUCAUCGGUACACACGCCCCUGACGCACACGCUCUAGCAAGCUUCGUUGACUGCAUGGCAUGGCUGCUGGUGUAUUCUGGCUGGCUGCAGAGGGGACUGGUCCGCUGUCGCCCUUGGGCCUGGUUGCGGUGGUGUUCCAGCUGACGGGCAUUGUGGCGUCGGUGCUGGUGUGUGGGUUUGGGGUAGGCGGCCUCAUGUGGCUGGUGGGGCGGAGCCUGCGGUGGUUCGACAAGCCCUGGCUGGUGGGCGGCAUGUUCGGCGUCACAUCAAUGGCCGUCAUGCUCGCCAUCCAACACAUGUACCAGAACAAGUGAGUGAACCAGAGAGAGAGAGAGAGAUCCCCACACACACUCUCGCUCAUGUGUGCCUAUCUAUCGCUCCAUCAGUCUCCGUCGCUUCAUGGAGCGCCGGUCCAAGUCGCAGAUUCAGGAGUCCACCAAGCCCCCCAUCUCCCCGGCAGACACCAGCAAAGACGACACCGACAAGGACACCACCAACGCGGCGGCCGCAGCAGCCAAAGCCGACCUUCGCGAGCGGCGGGCAGCCAUGCUGUGGGAGCGACGCGUCACCCGGCUCUCAGAACAGCACGUCUUCAUGGCGGGGCAGACCCUCUGGCUCGCCGCCGCCACAGUGCUGAUCGCCCGAGGCGUCGGGUCGGCCUACAUGGCGCUCAGCUGGGUGCUGUGUCCGCUGGCCACGCGCCUGACCGCCCUCAUCGUCUACACGUGCGACCCCCCCAGCCCCGACGACGAAGACGACAUCGAUGCGCUGCAGGAGAUGUCCUCGACCACACCCCCGGCACCAACAGGACCAUCAGCGAGACAGCUGCAGCCACCGCCGGCAAGGCCACCCCCCAUCCCGGAAGACCAUCCGUCAGAGACCGACCAGACCUUCCCCUACCCGCCGUCAUCGUGCCCCGAGUCCAGCGACAUCCCCAGGAGCUCACCCAAGCGGGCGACCUUCACGCCGAGAGUGGGCCCGCUGUCCUCUGGUGGGUCGUCGCGGCCAAGGUUCCGGCGUCGGCGGCUGGACCCGCUGAAGGUUGACGAUCGCGGGUGGGUGGGCAUGGCGACGGUGGUGGGCAACUGCGUGCCCUUCGUGCUGACCUUCCACACCAUUGUGGGGGUGCUGGAGGUCUUCAUCCCUGUCAUGGGUGAGAGAGAGAGAGAGAGAGAGGAAGGGAGGGGGUGUGAGGUGUGCGGCUGUGUGUGUGUGUUGUGUUGUGUUGGGUGUGUGGUGUGUGUAGGUCGGUCCGUGACAGCUGUGCCGGCGGAUGUGUUUCUUGGGUCGCUGGUGGGUCUGAUGGGGGCGCUUCUGUCUCUGGUGCUGCUGACGCCCCUCCAGUACCUGUCGCAGCGGUCACGGAGGCGAGCCAUCGACCUGCUCGGCCUCACAGCCAUCGGUCGGUAGGGGAGGGAAACCAGAACAGACAGGGAUGAAGAAUCAGAUCCGCGCUGUCUGACGAUGGUCUGCGUGUCGAUGGAUGGUUGUGUGGGUGAGGAUACAUAGGCUGUGUGGUGUAUGCCGUGUGGCGCGUCAAGGUGCCCUUCACGCUGGGGGCGCCCAAGCGGCUGCUCCUGACCCACUUCCAACGCAACUUCCACGCCCCCAAUGGUGCACCCCACGAACGCGAAUGCACACGUAGCCGUCCACCCAUCAUGUUGUGUUGUUGUCAGGCACUGUCGACCACAGCGAUGCCGGCAUGUGGCUCCGCAGCCACGACGACGACGCCUUCCGAAGCCUCACACCCACACUGCCCUUCCUCGCACCCUCACCGUGCUCGACACCAUCAGUGCCGCCCUUCGCCCUCCCCUCCCUCCCCUCCGACACCCCAUGGACCCCAGAACUCGCCAGAAACGCCACUUGUGGUGCCAGUCAAGACGGAGACGGCGAUGGCGAUGGAGACGGCGCACUGAUACGUAUACCGUCGAGCCCCAGGAGGGACUUCUUUAUGUGGCCGUUCGGCUUUCCCAAUCUGUUCCCCCACGAGCACUUGACACUGCUGCCGGCGCCGCACCCAUUCCGCAAUCUGUCGAGCGACUCGACGGCGGGGCACCUCGGCACCAAUGGCAUGAGUGGGGGGCUGGUGAGGGUCAAAGAUGUGCCAGUGGAGUACAGCGAGCAGGUGCCGCCGUUGCAGCUCACGUGGACACAGUCGCACAAGUGAGGAGACGACACACACAUAACGGGGCACACGCAAUAGAUGCAGUCAGGGGCAGACGGUCAGAGCACCAUGUGUGUGGGGGUGUCUCUUGUUGCGUCAGUGUGACGAGCAACGUGACACGUGUGUGGGUGUCGGUGAGGGGGUCGAAUCGCAUCGGGAUGGCCCUGCAGGCGGAAGGGCUGCAGGGAUGGUCCUUCGACGAGGCGCUGCCCAAGGCACGCACAAAUUGCCAUUGCCACUGGAUCGGAUUCGCAAGUGAGACAGACAGAUAGACAGGGAGGGAGGGAGGGACAGAAGGAGACAGUCACACUGACUGGUGGUUCCUUCCUCUUGGUGUGGUGUGUGCAGGAGGGCAUGGCAGCGAGGCGAUCGACUUCUGGGUCGACGUCAAGGACAUAGACACGGUGAGAAAGGAGGCAGGUGGUAUCAACUCUCUCUCUCUCUCUGUGUGUGUGUGUGUGUGUGUGUGCAGGUGACCAUCAGCGCGACGAGCCACCACUUCAACUUGAUCACCCCCCCGGUGGCCCAGCUGCUGGACAGGCUGCCGCCGUGGGUGGCCCCCACCCCAUACACCGACCAGCACGCUGUGUGGAAGAUACCCCUUCACACAGCAGCCGCCUGAGCGGCUGACCUCACCGGCAAGGCUUUGUUUCUUUGUUUCAUUGACCGGUUGAUUGGUUGGUUGGUUGCCGUGAGGUUACAUGUAGAUAGUAGAUAGACAUCAAGAUGAUAGGGCGCGGUGGACACACACAUUCACACACACAUUCACACACACACUUGUUUGUGCAUAUUUGUCGACACACGUCACUCACACCUUGACGCACUGAUUGCAGCAAUUUCCUUUUUCGCCUUAUCUGAUGACUGACGUGUUUGAUUGUGGGCGAUGUGGAUCAUGGUGGCACCUACGAGCGACGCCAAUCACCUGCGAUCAGCUUGUCCGGCC